AUGCCCCCCAGAAGACUGAAAGUCAUACCCCCCGAACAACCCGGUUCACCAUCUCAGAUAAGUACCACCACCAUCACCGUCAAUCCAGCAGCAGCACCGAAACAUACCAUGAUAAACGCUUUGGAACAUAUGCCUCCACCCGAUCUCAUGAAGACCGAACGAGAUACCACAUCGGAUUCGGAUGAGGCUCUAACGCCCAUUACAUCAGAACAGGAAGAGGAAGUAAAACAUGCAGUGGACGAGGCUGUAGAUCGAAAUUUAUCAAAGAGGAAAAGAGGUGCAGCGAAGAAAGAUAUUUCGUAUGUCGAGGAAGAUCAAGAUGGAGGAUCGGAUUUUGCUGCUUCCGAAAGUGAAUUAUCGGAAGUUGAGCCUGAACCACCUAAAAAGAGAACACCAAAGAAGAAGGCCACACCUAAGAAGACAAAAGUAAAGGCUGAAGAAGGUGAAGGAGAAGAGGAAGGAGAAGGAGAAACACCAAAGAAAGUCAAAAAGGUGACACCGAAGAAAUCGAGAAUUGCAAAAGAUGAGCCUGAAUAUGAUGAAGAUGGGAAUGAGAUUGUUAAGAAAAAACGAAAACCAAAGGUAUACCCUAAGAAAGUAUAUGAGAUACCGGAUGUGGAAAGGAAAACAACCACGUUUAGAGGUCGACUGGGAUAUGCUUGUCUGAAUACUGUUUUAAGAGCGGAAAAACCAGAUAGUAUAUUCUGUUCCAGGACAUGUAGAAUAGCCAGUAUAGAAGAAGAAGGUAUGGAAUUACCGAAAGGAUUGGCUUUGAUGAAUGUGAGAGAUCUCAAGACGAUGAUACAAUGGAACGAAGACAACAAGAUUCGAUUUAUGAGAUUGUCCUCUGAGAUGUUCCCCUUUGCAUCUCAUGCCAAAUAUGGAUAUGAUCUGGCUUUUGCGGAUGAAGGUCUGAAAGAAGCUGGAGCUCUCGCCAAGAAAUAUGGACAUAGAUUGACUAUGCAUCCGGGACAGUUCACACAACUCGGUUCUCCCAAGCCCAACGUGAUUGAAGCCUCCAUACGAGAGCUGGACUAUCAAUGCGAGAUCAUGGACAGGAUGGGUAUUGGAGCAGAAGGCGUUAUGAUUAUACAUAUGGGUGGUAUCUUCGGUGACAAAGAGAGUACACUUGCUCGAUUCAAGGAAAACUAUACCACUAGGUUAAGCGAGGGUGUCAAGAAAAGACUGGUGUUGGAGAACGACGAGAUCUGCUAUAAUGUGGAUGAUCUCUUCCCUGUGUGCGAAGAAUUGGAUAUACCUAUUAUCUUCGACUAUCAUCACGACUGGAUAAAUCCAUCUUCUGAACCACCCGCUGUCCUCAUACCUAGAAUAGCCAAGACGUGGGAGAAACGAGGUAUACCCAUGAAGCAGCAUCUGUCAGAACCUCGUCCUGGUGCGGAGACAGUGAUGGAGAGGAGAGCGCAUGCAGAUAGGUGUAAAAGUCUACCUGAUGCUCUGCCGGAUGAUGUGGAUUUGAUGAUUGAGGCGAAAGAUAAGGAGCAAGCUGUGUUUGAGUUGUACCGAAUCUAUGGUCUUGAAGAAGUCAAUCAUGACAGUCUUCGACCACCUGAUCCUAAUCCCGGUAUGCACACCAAAGGACGAAAGAGCAGUCUAAAGAAGAAGCAAAAGGAGACUGGAGAUGUCGAUUCUGAAGGUGAACCUAUCAACCUAUCCGAUAUAGAGAAAGAGGGUGAUGGUGGUGUGGGUGAUACAAGUGUUGUGGAAGGACAUGUCAAGAAUGCGAUCAAUGAUGCAGGAAUGGAAGUGGAUGGUCAGACUCCACCUAAGAAAGGGAAAGCGAAGGGUAAAAGAAAGAGUGUAGGCGGUGAUGAUGAAGGGGAUGAAGCGAAAGCUGAUACUGAACAAGGAUCAGCUAAGAAGAAGAAAACUACCCCAAAGAAGGCUAAGAAGAAUGAGGAGAAUAAGGAGAAUGUGCCCGACGCAGAUGAGCAAAUUGAAAGUAAGACUGAGGAUGUUAAAGAAGAGCCGAAGAAAAAACCUGCGAAGAGAAAGGGUAGACAAAGCAAAGAGAAGGCAGCUGCGUAA